AGCGCGUUGGGAUCAUUUGCAAAGCCCGCGCAUGUUGGCCCGUUAUUUUCAACUUGGUCGUGUCUUAGUUUCUUACACAUCGUCUGCAGCUAAGUAAAACUUAAUACUUGCAUUGUAGAUCUGUAAUCUAGAUCUAAGUGUACUAUUGGAUAACUAAUCGUGCAUUCCUCUUUCAUUUCUGUAUGGAUUCAGUGUGUUAAAAUUUUUUAAAGAUUCCUUGGAUAUUAUUAUCGAAAUCUAAAAACUCAACUUGCUACUCAAACUCAUUUGUAACACAGCCGUAAGUAAUCGAGCCGGUUUGUUGACAUUCAAGUUGACAACGCUCUGGUAAGGCGGUAUGCGAUUUGAUAUUCAGAGAGAAACAGGGUUAUUUCUGAAGUGGUCGCGUUGGGAUCAUUCAGGUUGUUUAAGUGCAGGGCUGUGAACUGCGCUUUGACUGGAAGAGGUUCCACACCCACCUUUCUACAAAGGCCAUCCCGAGCUGGGCAACGUGACGCUCAAGAACACAGGAACUCGGGGAAGGGGGAGCAGCCUCUUGUUCAGACUACAAGGGAGAGCUAACCGCCAACGUCUGAUGGAGUGUUCGGGGGUCUCAAGUGCUGCAUCUUGAUUGCUCUUUGUGACGCGUGAAACUCAUGUCACGUGAUUCGUGAAGUGCGCAAACGCAGGAGAGGACUCAUAAUGUAACAACAGCACACAAAAAAAAAAAUUCUUAAAAAAUUGGAUCUGUGUGAUUUACAUUAUUAUUUAUUUUUUUUUACACUUAAAAAAAAAUUCACCAAUCGAUUCCAACCUGUGUAACUCCAGCAUGGUGGAUUGUGGCUUCCAAGAAGGUCACGUGAUCAGCAGACGUCAAAAAUGAGAGUGACCGAUGACAUUGGAUGGAGCCCUGGGACCUACACAACAUUCACCGUCUCAUUUUUCGGAUUAUUCUUGUGGGUCGCUUUAUCGACGGUGUCGGCAGCCCGACCCCUUCGCUACACCUUCCCAACAUUUUUGGAGACGCCCAACAACAUCACGGCGGUCCUGGGCUCUGACGUCACACUGCCGUGCUCGGUACAGAAUUUAGGAACUAAGUCGGUGAUCUGGAAGAAGACAGACAACCUGAGUCCUAUAACAAUCGGAGAAUAUGUGUACAGCCCAGACAAGAGGUUCUCAAUCAGUAGGGUUGACCCCUACAUGGACCCGCAGAGCCGCAGCGAGCACCACAGACAAUCACACGACAACCCUCGCUGGAACUUGCAGAUCCAAGAUGUCUCCUUUACUCAUGCCGGGACAUACGAAUGUCAGCUCAGUACGAAGGAGGAUUAUGGGAGAAAUGUCACCUUACAUGUCAUAGAAGACAGAAAUUCUAGAGGGUCUGACAAAAAAACAGGUAUCAAACUAACUGGGACUAACUACGUGGAGAAGGGCGCUACCAUAGACCUCAACUGCACGGCCAUAGCUAUCGACUACACACCCAAGGGGGUGGACUGGUUCAAGGACGGCAUCAGAAUCAAGGAGGGCCGCAACACUUUGAUCACCGAGUACUGGAGGAGCGAGACCAAUGUCCUGCACAGCCGGCUGGAGGUCGAGAGAGUCACCAUGGAGGAUGCCGGGACAUACGUCUGCAGGUUCUCGCACGAGCACGUGGAGAGUGUCAAGGUCAUAGUGCUGAACAGCUUGUCAGAUCUCAUGGCCUCCUCCAGACAAGUAGCGGAUUCUUCCAACAAGAGACGAGCAGGGACUGGGACCGAUGGCCUUGAGAGGGCAAGCUCUGAAAACCAACUUGGUCACAACUUAGGCGUCGCUGCCGUGUCCUGGCAUUGGAGCCUCCAUCUGCUUGGCUCAUUCAUCGUUCUUGUGUGCCUGUCUUGACCUUCAUUACAGAGCGGGUAGUCAUGACCUUCAACCUUCAUUGUGUCACACUGAAGUCGUGACCUUCUCCUUUCAGGGUCAAACAUAACUCUGACCUUGACUUUUAAGUUGUGAGUCUCCCACAGCCAUCGUCAGAAAACUAAAGCCGCUGAGAGGACUUCCUGUUCUGGUGGCAUCCUGUGUAGUUUUUGUGUUAUUUAUUUAUUUCUGAGACAAGUGUGAGGUCAGCGCAGCUGGACAAGAGGAUGCAACAGUUUUAGUUCAUUGUCUGAAAUGAACGUGUCCUUGUCCUUUGUUUGUCAUUUGUGUGUCUAGCUAUUUAUUUUAGUCUGAGUUUAUCAAGGGAGUAAAAGAUUUGAUUUCUAAGUGUGUCUUGUGUAACAGUGGUUCUCAAACCUUCAGACUUUGCCUCAGUCACCGGAAGUAUUUUUCUUACUGAAAUGUGAAAUUCUAAAUCCCCACAUACUGGAGCCAGUUUGACUUUAAGUGAAUUUGCUACAAUUUGUUGAAACUCUUUGUUAGUAUCAUUGUGCUUACAUUUUAUUUUUUUUUGUUUUUUUGUCCAUAUGAAUGUAACUUAGAGGAAUUUUUAAAUUGAAAAUUUGAGAACAGUUUUUUCCUCGUUGUGUUGAUUUAAUUUAUUUUUUUAUGAUCUUGUAAGACUAAAAACAGUUGUUGUAAACAUUUUUUGAUUCAUUUUAGGAUUAGUAUCAUACAUAUUUAAGUAAAGUAAUUAGCAGCCAGAUAGAUGGAAAGUAUUAAAUACAUUGCUAUUGCUAUUAGGUAUAUGUCAGCUUAACCUAUUUAGAAUGACUAAAAUAUUCAAUGUACCUGUACUUUUAUUAUAGACUCCUACAAUAAUAGACUUAAAUAUGUGGCUCUCUACAUUGUCUUAUUGACAGGCCACAAACACCAACUCUUAAUUCACAUCCAAUAGUUGUUGUUGAGACUAUGCUGUUAUUAUUUAUAUUUAAUAACCACAAAGCUAUUGAAGCUGUUAUAUAUACUAUGUAAUUUUGUUUCAAAUGGGGUGAAGAAAACAUUGAAUAGACUUACGUAAGGGGAAACAGUCCUAGAAUGUUAAGUGAAAACUCCCAGAUCAGCAGCAGCCUUGAGAUCUGCUUUGUAGUCCAGGGAUUGUACUUCUAUGUUUGUGUGCGGUUGAUACUGGUUUUAUAAAGUUUUUUUUUUUGGACAAAGUUCUGAACUGAUUGACACUUAUAACUGUUAGUUCUUGUAUACAAGCACAUUAUACAUUACUUAUAACUGUCAGUUCUUGUAUACAAACACAUUAUACAUUAACUUUGCUGCGCCACAAGUGUAAACAAAUGUAGUCUCUUUUCAUGUUUAUUUGUUUCUAGAAAUCCAGUAAAUAUCUGUGCAAUAUUUUAUUCUUUAAAAAUUGUACAAUAUUGAUAUAGAGAAACUGACUAGAUACUAGUAUCAGUUUAUGAUUGGGUAAUGAAAUAGACAAUUGGAAAAUUUUAAAGGAAAAAGUGUAGUAAUUUAUUUAUAUCUCUUUUUUUUUUUUUAUCUGGUGAGAAGUGUAUCUUAUCUACUGUUGGGUAUGUAAACUUUAAUUAUCUAGUUUGUAUUUCAAAUCUUUCUCAAUAAAAAUGUGUUCCUUUAAGCAAAUAAUCUUACACGUAUAUUAAAUAGUUUGAAAAAAUAAUUAUUUACCCAAAUACUUAAGUAAUAGAUAUUUAUAUAUUUACAUUUAUAUAACAUUUAUUUAUGAUAUCUUUCUGUCUGUUUUAUCCAAAUAACAUAAAUCCAAAAGUAAGCAUUAAUAAAUUUGUUCAUAGUACAACAAGCCAUGAUCCUAUAAUUAAUUUAUGAUUUUGUACUGCCAUGAGUAAUUAAAAGUUAGUUCUAAGCUGAUUGGAUCUAAAUACAAAACGUUUUUAAAAUAAAAGUAAUAAUGGCUAAUAGCUGUUCAAAUUUGUUUUGAGUCGACAAUUUGUUUUCUCUAGUUUUUCUUUUGUUCUUUAUUAAAGUGGUGCUAAGCUUAACAAGCUGUCGUCUGCUGGUUGAGGACACUGAGAGAAGUGAAAAGACAACAUUGUAUAUACUAGAGUGUCUGUGAUUCAGUUUUUGUUUACUUCUGAUGUGUAUGUGAGUAAUUAGGAUAACAUUUUUUUCAUCUUUUGAUGUCUGCUAGAAAGAUUAUUAGUAUGUAAAUAAUUUUUUGCCUGUCUUGACCUGGUGAUAUGAUUUGUAUUGUGCCAUUUUUGUUCUAAUCUUAUUUUGUCAUAUAUUUUUAAUACUUUUGUUAAAUUAAAAAAAAAAAAAUUAUACAUGAUACCUCAGUGAUUUUUUUGUUACAAUUUUUUGUGUGAUUUGAUUCCUAAGUUAAUGGAUUUGUUUCUGCCGCUAAAUUGUACAGAUCUGUAUGCUUAUGGAGUCCUAUAGUGACAAAAAAAAAAAUCUUCUGAAAAUGGAUGAAUGAACUGUGGAUGAAACAGUUCGUUGUAGAAAUGAAUUGGGGAAGGCAUGUGGAAAGAGUCAAAAGGUACCCCCUUUCAGACCCUGGGUCAGAAGAUGUACAACUCACUUGUUCCUAUGACCAUAGUUAACAAGGAUAUCAUGUGGCCAGCACAAUGAGGACAUUGUUUUUACUUCCCCAAUGUAAGCCCAUUAGAGUUUGGGUGGACUCAGGGUCAUCCUGAAAAUCCCACCAGGAUUCGAACUCAAUGCGACUUGGUUCAGAAGGGAAGCAUUUCAUCAUGCCCCUAAUAUCUCAUUUUAAGCCUAAGUUUUAUGACCAAACUCAGUCCUUUGGUUAGAAUGGCCUACAUAGAAUUAUUGGUUAGGAGCAGACGGGUCUGAGAGAGGUUAGGCAUCCUGCAAAAUUUGGAAUGAAUUGCAAAACAACAUGGCAUUAAGACCUGUUUGUAGUUUCUUCUUAUUCAAGUGCUGCCUCUGAAUGUGCAUUGAACCCAUUUAAAAUUAUACAUUGUUCUGCCCAUGAAAGUGUUUCUAUUUACAUAGUUUCAUUUUGUUUCUUCAAGCAUUGCUCUCGGGCCUCAUAUUUUUACGACAUUCAGCAAGUCUUCAUAAUGAAAAGGGAAUUAACCUCCCUAGAUAAUACCUUUUCAACAUUUAUUGAGUAUUUGCCCUUUAUAUUUUUCCAUUCUUCGAUGUAGAUCCCCACGUAUUCUCUAUACUUCUUGCAGUGCCAGGAUUACCUUAGAUCUGACAUAGAAUUUCAGGGCUAAGAAAUUAAACCUAUGGCCAUUGAGAACGUUUGAGGUUGAACAGACGCAGGUUAGCCAAUGGUUUAGAUGAAUUGUAUUUAUUGUUAGACUUACUGUCAGCAUCUUGAGAGUACUUGUACAUUUUCUCUGUAAAUUAUGUACUUAGGUCAUUUCUCAUGCCCAUGUGGUCAGAGAUGCAACACAUCUACAAAUAAAACAAGAUUUUUGUUUUAACAAGAGCCAAAUUGUCAUCUUCUCCCCCAACACUAAUGAAAGCCCCAAAUUUUGUCAGUGUAAAAAAACUAAAAACAUCCAUAUUUAUAAUUCCUACAAAAUGUUGUUAUAUUCAUGUAAAUUGUAAUUAUUUUACUUUUUGUUUUUAUUACAAUUCUAAUGUUUGUGUAAUAAUCACACUCUAUGCUUGAGCCACCAAAAUGUGCAGUUUGAUGUUGCUAGAUCUAAUUCAUUCAUUUCAAUUAUGUGCUCCUCAGAGUUUUUAUCAUAACUUAAAAAAAAAAAACCGUGUGUUAAGGCUUUAGCUUAGUGAGGACAUCCUUAGAGACUAAUUAGUUCUUACAGUUUUUUCUUGUGUCAAAAUAAACAAUUGCUACAAUUAUAGAUGUAUUUAAUUAGAACAAUUAAAGCUCAUAUUGAACAAAAUAUUGUAAUACACAUAUUUAUUUGUAGAAGAUAAUUUCUGAUUUAAAUGUGGUGAAUUGUAUUCUUUUUAAAUGAUUAACCAGUGAAGUCCUGUGUUAAUAAUAAAUAAACACAACUUUUUUUCUAGCUAUGUAUUUGAAAUAUAAAGGUAAUAUAAAUUUCUUGGCGAAUCGGAAUUUAGGAUUAAAAGUUUUUAAAGCAGAAAAUAUUUUUAUAGUAUUCUGUUAGCCUCCCUUUUACUAGUUUUUUGUAUAUUAUAUAUAUAUAUUUUUGUACUUCUGCUAAAACAUUAAAGACAUUAAAAUUGGAUUUUAAUUUCUUUCCCCAAAAGACCAUAGUGGCUAUAACAAUCUAAAUUGCAAUGAUGACAAAAAACAUUUAAUUGAGAAAGUCUGCACAUGCUUCAGAUUGUCAUGAUGGUCUUGAUUUCAAACCCACCCACUCCCACACUGUCCAGUUCUUCAAAUGAUAUAAACUAGGACAUUCUAUUCUUUAUUUCUAAACGAAAAUUUGAAACUUCAGAAGCAGGAAAUGAAUAAACAUGCAAAUAGUAGAACCAUUUCCCUUGCCACUACCAGAAGCUGCACAUUUUUUUAGAGGAAACUUCAUUGGUUUACCAAAUUUUAAACAGUAAAUAUUUUUCUUUUAAGUUUUAAUGAAACAUUGUUAUAACAAUCAAACACAUUAUAUUACAAAGUUACAUAAGAAUGAUAAAUCUAGACAAAUAGGCUCUUCUGGUGAUUUAAUAUUCACCUAACUUUACUAACAAUUACAAAUUAUAACAAUGAACUGUUUUUUUAAUUUAGACUUUUCAAUUCGAUAGCCUCUAGAGGAAUUCAAUUUUUAUAUUUUUCACAUAAAUAUGGAGUAAUUGAGAGAAACAUCACAUGAAUUAGAAUUAUAUGAAUUAGAAAGAUUCCUGCAGAUAUUUGAGACUCCGCAAGUGAAAGUCGUACUGGCAUCACUCAUUGGCUCCUGGUGAUUCAGACACUGAUACUAUUUGAAUGGACACAUUCAUUUGUUUCACAAUCAUGUUUGUUUCGGAAGCUUGUGUGAGAUCAUCUACCUCUGAACUAGUUGUGUCCCUUUUUUAUUUGGCUUUGUUGCGUCGUCGCCUGUUAAUGUCUUUCUUUGAGGAGACUGGCUAUGAACUUGAUUUCUGUGUAUGUGUUUCAUCAUCACUUUGAACGCAAAUUCUGUUAGUCAAUACUUUGUCAAUGACUAGCUUCUAUGAACAAUUUGACUUAAGUUUUGUCUCUUGUUGUUUUAAGUAUAUAAUAAGAUGGUCUCCUGGUGAUGUGGUAUGCACUCUGGGCUGUCAUCCUGAUAAUCUCAGGUUCGAACCCCUGGUGGCAAUUAUCUCCUGCCACCCUGCUGGAGUUUUGAGCUAGGAUGUGAUCAUCUUAGUUUUCAGCUAGGAUGUGAUCAUCUUCACCUUCCAGCUAGGAUGUGAUCAUCUUCACCUUCCAGCUAGGAUGUGAUCAUCUUCACCUUCCAGCUAGGAUGUGAUCAUCUUCAGUUUUCAGCUAGGAUGUGAUCAUCUUCAGUUUUCAGCUAGGAUGUGAUCAUCUUCACCUUCCAGCUUGGAUGUGAUCAUCUUAGUUUUCAGCUAGGAUGUGAUCAUCAUCACCUUCCAGCUAGGAUGUGAUCAUCUUCACCUUCCAGCUAGGAUGUGAUCAUCUUCAGUUUUCAGCUAGGAUGUGAUCAUCUUCAGUUUUCAGCUAGGAUGUGAUCAUCUUCAGUUUUCAGCUAGGAUGUGAUCAUCUUCAGUUUUUCUAGCUAGGAUGUGAUCAUCUUCAGUUCUGAACGAACACCCCCCCCCCCAAACAUGUGAUAAAGAAAAAGCAUAGAAUGACUAAUAGAAAGAAAAAGAAUAAUUAAUUAACAUCUCCUAUAAACACAAUGGUUGGUGAGAAAAAUGAAAAUUUUUUGAAUAAACCUCGUGCAACAAAUCAAUCAAUUUAUACGUGUACAAAAUUGUAAUCUGCUAUUUUCAGUAUCCAUAUAUAACGUCAGGAGUUGUACGAAUGUAUUAGUUUCAUAUUUUUAAAUAAAUGUUCUAUUUUUGUGCAAUGUACAUGGUCAUCUGAUUUUACAUUUCAAAUCUUUUAUGUUUUCUUUACAUAAAUUUGGAAUACAGUUUCCCCCUUUACUUUGAAUAGCUAUAAAGUGUCUUUUGAGACUUUUCUUGUAUCUGAUGCUUGUGUAGUGUCCUUUUUAAUGACUUUACUUAUAGCUUUUAUACUGUACACACACAAAAUUUUAUGAGUUAAAAAAAAAAUGUAUAUGUAUAUUUUAUCAUUCAAUGUAUGGUGUAUCGUUUUGUCAAAUGUCCACAAUUUUUCUUGAACUUAAACUUUUUUUGUGUGUCUAAAGUGGUAACAUGUUUUGUUUUUUUUAAAUAUUGUUUUCAUCUGUAAUUAAAAUAACAAAACAAAAACGUUGAAUAAAAAAUUUUGUUUCA